AUUAUAAAAUCUUCGAAAAGUCAAAAAACUGCACCAACUCAGUUUCGAAUUUUCUUUCAUCCUUCAAAAAGUCGUGUACCUUCUACAGCCACCAUGGCGGCAACAAUAGGCAGAAUUUGUGGCUCUAAUUUAUUAAAAACUAAUUCCUGUUUAUCCCGGCAGCAGGUGAAUAACUUUGCAACCAGCAAAGCAUGGACCAGUGGCCAAAAGAAGCUACUUGCAUCUGCAGGAAUUUUAACUGGAGGUAUUGGAGCCCUUAUUUUUGCUCUGGAGCAAUCGGUGCAGGCUUCCGGUACUGAGGUGCAUCCUCCAUCAAUGCCAUGGUCACACAAGGGUCCCAUUGCUUCGCUUGAUCAUGCCAGCGUUCGCCGUGGUUAUGAAGUAUACAAACAAGUGUGCUCUGCUUGUCACUCGUUGCGCUUCAUCGCUUACCGUAAUCUUGUUGGUGUAACUCAUACUGAAGCUGAAGCUAAGGCCGAAGCAGAAGGUGUUAUGGUACAAGAUGGUCCAGAUGAUGCUGGUAACUACUUUACCAGGCCUGGUAAGCUUUCCGAUUACAUCCCUGGCCCAUACCCCAACGAAGAGGCUGCUCGUGCUGCCAACAAUGGAGCCUAUCCACCAGAUUUGAGUUACAUUGUAUCGGCUCGCCAUGGAGGAGAGGACUAUGUGUUCUCGUUGCUCACUGGUUACCAUGAGGCACCAGCGGGAGUAGUUCUCCGCGAAGGACAAUACUUCAAUCCUUACUUCGCAGGUGGAGCUAUUGGUAUGGGUCAAGUUUUAUACAAUGAGGUUAUUGAAUAUGAAGAUGGUACACCAGCAACUGCCAGUCAAUUGGCCAAGGAUGUAUCAACAUUCUUGAAAUGGACAUCAGAGCCAGAACACGACGAUCGCAAACGCAUGGUGAUCAAGGCCUUUGGUAUUUUCACUUUCUUGCUUGUGAUCUCUUACUACGUCAAGAGGCAUCAAUGGUCAUCGCUUAAAUCCAGAAAGAUAGCAUUCGUUCCAAAGAAGAAGUAAGCUAACACCAGCAAACAAGCAAAAUAACAUCAAUUGACCGCCAGCAGCAGCAACAACAACAACAACUAAAAACUACCACACUUAAAAAAAAUAAUUUGUUACAGUUAAACAAAACUACAACCAAAUAACACUAAGAUGGAUAAUAAUAAAGUAUAUCUUCGUCUUCAACAAAAAAAACAACUUGAUUGUUUUAUAGAUCGAAAGCAAAACCUAAAAAAAACGAUUUCGAAUUUUGUUUAAAUAAUUACACCGAGAAGAUUUAAACAAAUACUCUAUCUCUCUUGUGUAUUUAAGAUCAUAUUAAAAAAUACCUGCCUCCAGUUAGCCCUUUAUGUAUUUAUAUUGUCCUUUGCCACAUCCUUGAUGGAGUUAUAGUAAAAAAUAAUCUUAAACAUACUUUUAAUGGUUGAAAAAGAACAAAGAUAAAAUGCAUACAUCUUUUGUGCUAUGAUAGUAAAAAUAAAAUCAAUUAAACAAUAUAAUGUUAAGUAUUGAGUUAAUAGUGCGAUUAAAACGAGUUGGAUGAAGCAACGAGCGCAAUAAACAAAAUAAAUUUA